AUGAGCAGUGCUUCGCCGCCUCUACCGCAGCGCGGCGACGCUGUGCAAGUGCAGCUCGUGAACGCAGACGGCAGCACCAUUGCACAGCGUCCCAUCCAUAUUGAGGAGCUGUUGCAGCAGAAGGAUCACACCGUGGAUAUCGGCGCUGGAAUUGCCCUGCGCCUCGAGGCGCUGAAUGCCGAACAGGACUACAGCGACGAUAACGACACCAGCGCACCCGAUGACUCUGCUGACGACGAAGAGGAGACCAAAGGCUCUGCCGAGGGCGCCGGAGCUCGAGACGAGUCCGCCGCCGCUGCUGCCCCACCUCCCGGCACGCAGGCCACCAUGGACUGGUACGACGUGCUGGACGCGCUACGCCGCGAGCAGCUCGAUGUCAAGCGCAACGCGGCUGAGGUGGAGGACACCAUGAGAAAGUCGGGUGAGGGCGAAGGCCGCCUUGUCACGCGACAUUUCAAUGAGUCGCGCAGUGCGGCCACGCCGCUGAAAUGGUUUUCCAAGGCAACGGGCCUCGAGGGCAAGGCCGUCGCCGCAGAUGAUGCCGCCAGGAGCUUGCCGCCGCCAGGCGCGUCUCGGCGUGAGGUGUGGGCCUCUCUAGCACCGGCGAAGAAUAACACGCAUCCGCCCAACUACAAGGUUCUCCGCUACGUCUCUUAUAUGCCGGUGCUAGAAUACCGGCGUUUUCGCCCCACCGCCCUUGCCUUUCACGCAGCGGCGUCGUACUUGAGCCGAAAAGAUUUCGGCCAACGCCUGCUCGUCUACGGCGGCGUUUCCUUUGGCGCCCGCACCGUGGAGCAGGAGCUGUACGAAUUUUCUAUACUGACGGGCAACUGGCGCCGCGUCGAGGGACGACAGCUCGUCCCGGCCGGUCACUACGGUCACACAAUGACAGUGGUCGAGUCGUUUGACCGCCUCGUGGUGGUAGGCGGCAUCGGGCCCGGCGGUGCGGCGGUUUCAAAGGAGAAGAGGCAGGCGUGGGUCACCGAUCCGCUGCGCGCGCCGCGGUAUCGAUGCUUGUGCCCACUCCUGCAUUGUCGUGCCGGGCAAGCGGCAACUGCGUUGGCGCGCGCGGACAGGACUGCUGCGCCGCUGCCCCUCUCUGUUUCGCAUGUCUCGGUCGGCUUUGUAUCGCUGCUCUUCGACAUGAACCUGAGUGAUCAGACCUGGCGUGCCAUCCAACCCGCCACGCAGUUUCCGCUGGUGUAUCAUACCACCGUGCACUUUGGCAAGGAGCUUUUUGUCUUUGGUGGGUUGACAGAUGAUCUGCGCGUGUCGGGGCAGCUGCUUGCCAUCAACUCCGCCACGUACGCGGUUCGCCGCAUCAAAACUAGCGCUGGCUCGUCCAGUCGAUUCCGACAGGGGGUGGCACCGGAUGAUGAGGCGGGGGAGAUGCACAGUGGCAGCGACCUGGACGAGGGCGAGGCUGCGGGGCCGGGGCCACGCUUUCUGCACACGGCAGUACGCUACGGCCCGUACAUGAUUGUCUACGGCGGCUACGACGCGCAGAAUGAGGUGCUUGGUGACUGCUGGGCGUUUGAUAUGGCGAAUGAGCGCUGGGAGCAGCUGCGGUGUCGCGGCGAGGCGGCCGGCCGCGCAGGACACGAUUGCUGUGUCGUUGGCUGCCGCAUGCUCGUCACAGGCGGCUUUGAGUCGUCGCUCGAUGAAGCCGGCAAGGCAGCGUCGCCAGUGACGACAGUGAUGGAGCUGAACCUUGUGCCGACAGUGCACGGGGAGCACAUAUGGCGUGCUGAAGUCCGCGCCCACCCGCCCUUGCCGCCGCUCGCCUUCACGCGGUGCGCACCGUGCGGCGACGACCAUUCGUUCCUUCUCUUUGGCGGGCUGACGAAGCGGGCGCGACACCCCAGUCAGUCCCGGUCGGUCGGCAAGCGCUUCGCCUCCGCGAAACGCCAUGCGGCGGCCUCCGCUGCGGAAGAGAGCGGCGCGGAUGAUGCGGUGGACAGCGACGUGGACGUGGACAGCCGCCCCGCCUCCCACAAGGUGUCAGAGCGCGGGGCAUCGUUGGCGGCGCGCCACGGACUUUGGAAGAGGCUUGCACCGUUCGACGACGGUCUUGUUUUGACUUUCCCAGAAAAGCGGCGGCGCAGCAAGGGGGCCAAGGACGAGCCGGUGGUGAACGCGCGCGGCAUCGAGGUCGCCGCUGACGAACUGCCGGAGCACCUCAAGGCCUUUGUGCGCCGGCAGGAGGACUUUGUGAGGAAAAAGGACGCCGCUGCUGCAGAGACGAUUCGCAAGACAACUCUAGAGGAGCAAGAGGAAAUGGAGCCGGCGCUGUACCUCACGGAUGCCGAGAUCGAGUUGCUCUUGCACCGGAGCGAGGAGUGCUGCGUUGCGUUUGCGGAGCGCUACAAGAUGAACACGCUGCCAAGCAAUGUGCCGGACCGCGAAGAGCGCGUGCAUCUGAUUGAGGAGUGCAUUUCCAAGAGUCGCCAGAUUCGGGAUGUGAUGCGCUCUAUGAAGGGUUCGGCGCCUGGCGUCACCGCCGUCAAGUCGAAGACGCACCGCAAGCGUGCUGGGCAGAAGUUCGAGGACUACUCUGCCGCAAAACCCUUCCGCCGCGUUGUCGUGAUGCACCUGCUGGAGAGCAUCAAGCAACACCUGUCACGCAUGCAUCGACUCAACAAGGCGCUGUUGACGGUGGACUGGCCUGAAAAAGAGGGGUUCCUCGAGGCCGUGGACGACAUGCAGAACUCCGUCCACGCUGUGUCGCGCGCCAUCAAUGGCGUCCUCAACAAAUACAUCCAGCACCGAGUGGAGUCCCUCAUGAAGGGAGUGGACAAGCACAAGGAGGUGAUGCGGCUGCUUACGCAGGUGGUGGAGAAGAACCUGCACGACAAGAUAUGGGGCAUCGAGGCAGCGCGAGAUGAGAAGCGACAAAAGCACCAGCGCGCCCGUGCUGCCGUGGCGGCUCCUGGGCAGCCGGCGGCUGCGGCGCGUAGUGGAAGCUCAUCUCCGGCCGCGAGACGAGGUCGCUCCGCCCGCAGCCGCUCGCUUGGCGGCGGCUACCACGCUGAUGAGAGUAAAGCUGUGGUAUGCAUGAUGGACAGGGAAUGGCACGGCCUGCUGAACCGCGCCCGCAUGGUGGAGAAGUGCGCCGGCCAUCUGCGCCGCUACUGCGAGGAAGGCGCGGCGACCAGCGACACAGCGCCGCUGUCAGCUCUGCCGCCACCACCAGCACCGCCGCCGCCGCGACCAUCCGUCGAGGGACCCCUUUCGUUGCCUCUUGCGCCGCAGCAGGCACCUUCGUUGAUGAUGCAAGUCCAGCCCUCUCUGCAGGCGCCUACGCUGGCGCCAGGUGGCUUGAUGGCGCCACCGGUUCUCCUGCCCGCCAGCGUGCCGCUUGCGGGCUUGCUGACGAGUGAAGCUCCAGAGGUUCCUCCUGUGGCAGCCCCCGCGUCGACUGCGGGUGAGGCUGGUGCGGCUCGACCGCGCGAGAUCAUGAUUCAGCGCUCGAACGAACUUCGAAUGACGACGGCGACGGUAGCGGAGGAGGUGCGCAAAGCAGCUCUGGACUUUCACGCAGCGCUUGCCCAGGCGGCUGCAGCGUUGCCAUCGGCGAGUUCCGCACAUGCAUCGUCGGCGACGACGACGGUGAGCCACCCCACAGCCGCACCACCGCGGACGACAGUAGGUGCCGAUAUCGUCGCCCCCACCACUCCGACUCCACAACUGCCGGUCCCUGCCGUUAUGUCGUCGCACACGACAACAGCGGCGGCGAUCCCUGGACCCACGCUGGCUUUCCAAUCAUCUCCAUCGGGCGCCAGCUCCUCUUCGUCGUCGGGAUCGUCGCGGUCGUCGUCGUCUUCGGGGUCGUCGGGUCCGGCAGCCGCCACCGUGAUGCGCGGUCCGUCGUUGCAGCUGCCGCCAGGAGGCUCCUUACCAUUCGCCACGGCGGCGCCGCCGGAGUCGACGGGGUUCGUGCGACUGCAGCAGCCAGUGACGGCGUCCGUGGGGCUGAGCACAGAGGCGCCGCUUGCGAAUGUGCAGCAGCCCCAACUCAUUCUGGCAGCAACGUCUUCGCACGAUGCCGCACCCGGCGCUUCCCGUGGUAGCCGCAAUCCAAAGACAACCUCUGCUGCGCCGGCGCAAGCUUCCACAGUUCAGGGACAUGCGGUAUCCCUGAGCGUGCUGCGCCCCAUUCUCGCAGCGAAGGAGUCCCUCCAGCAGCUCCAAGACAAGGUGACUCUGAUACGCCUGAACGAGUGGGACGUCAGCGACCUCGCCGGCGCGCCGCAGGACGUGAAGGUGGAAAAGCUCUACAGGCGUCUCAGCAAACUGCUGACCGGAGUGGCGCAGUGUGUCACGGCCACCUUCCUGGCCAAGGCUGGCGCGAGGCCGCCUCGUCUCCGCCCCACUUCCGUCUCUGUAGGGCCUCCGCCGCAGCGUCCAAGGAGCAAGAAGUCGACGGGCGAGGCAAGGACCAGCGGCGCAGCCACAAAGCGGGCCUCGCAGUCGAAGUCGCUCACCUCGGUGGCGGAGGCGCGCGCGAUCUCUGCGUCCGCGGUCUUUUCGCAGACGUUGUUCUCCGGCGCGGGAGGCGACAAAGGAGAUCCUUCUCGCGAGGGCCGCGGCGCGGCAGUGGGGGCGCUGCCCGGCGCCGCCGACGGCAACGUGGGAGACACCCUGAGGCUGAUGCCGCUUCCUCCGCCCGUCCAUAACCAGGUCGAUGACGCUGAUGACGGAUGGCUGUCGAAGCGCUCUCGCCCCACCUAUGGCGAGGCAGCUGGUGUACCUCUGGUUUCACAUGAGGCGCUCCUGAGGGAUGUCCGGCCAGCGGUGGUACCUACCGCUGCCGCAUUCACCAGUGCAGCCGGCCCAUCCGCCGUGGAGGUGCACGCGGUGUACCCGGACGCACGCACGGUGCCGAAUGCCAGUGCCACUAGCCUUUUGUGCGGCAGCGUGGCCCCACCGGCCAUAGCGGCGGGUCCGUGGGCACCCGCGGUGAGCUCAGUGCAGAGAAGCGGAACGGCGCCUGUUGUGGCGCUGAGUGUCGUGCCAAAGGUUGUAAUGCCGGCAGGAGCGAAUGACGUGAGCACCGACGAGGCUGGGGCGGCCUACAUGACACAAUCGCCACGGCGGCGCCGGCGUUCCACGAUUGCAGAUCUCACGCAGCUGCGUCACCUUUCCCAGAACCGGCUGCAUGACGGCAGUUUCGGUGAUGGAACAGCCAGCAGCGGCGACGGCAUAGACCCUGUGACCCGCGAGCCGGUCACAAAUAUCACGAGGGGCAACUUUGUCGUAAACGCGGACUACCUUUCUCGUGUGGCGCCGCAUGCGUUGCUGGCGGCGACCACUGCCGAGAUAGAGCUGCAGGGGGGCGCCGGGGGCAUGCAGCAGGCGUGGUCGGACAUCGAUGAGGACUAUUUCUACUUUGGUCGGCCUGUAGGGAAGCGCGCGACGGCUGCCGAAACGGUGGUGUCUGGCCCUCCCUACAUCUCUAACCGUCCGCGUGGUGGCGUGGGCGUGUCGCCGCCCGUGGGAACGGUGAUGGGAUCGCCGCGUGUGAAUGCGGAGUUAGCGGCUUCGCCAAUUCGCGGCAUCCCCGGCGUCAUUCCUGCGUCGACGGCACUGCGCACGCGCUCCUCUACGGCGCGGGGCAGCAGCAGCGGUCGUCGGGUGUCGGAUCACUACCUGUCAUCGACAGCGUCGCAGUUGCUGAAGUUGCACACAGCGCGACCAGUCGUGCUCAAAAGCGGCUCGAAGCACAGCUUCUUCACCCCUGGGGAGCUGCAUCUGAUGCAAGCCCGCGAGCGGCUGCGGUCAAAGUCGUCCAUGUGA